AUGGGGCUCCUCCUCUGCCGGCCGCGCACGAGCUCGUUCGACGACUGCGCGCUCCCGCCCGAGCUACUGCAGCACGUCGCGCAGUUCAUACCGACAGCAGCCGACUUGUUCCGCUUCCUCUAUGCACUGCCGCUCGACGCCCUCACCGAGCCGGUCGCGAGCCUGCUCGAGCUCGGCGGGACCUUCUUUGAGCCCGACGACCUCUGGCCCGCGCUCGCCUUGCCGCCGCACGCCGUCGUAGACCCCGAGGCGCGCGUUCUCCUCGCCAAAGCCAUGGUCAUGUAUCCGCUCGUGCGUGUGCGGCAUGUGCCACAGGCCGUGAGCUGGCCGCUCCUCCCGACGACGGCUGUCGCGCUCAGCAGCUUUCACAUGAAGCCGGACGCGUUCGACUUGGCGGUGGCCCACUGGCCAGAGCAACUCGUGUCCUUGCACGUGCUGUUGCUCGAGAAGGCGCAUGCGCAAGACGAAGAGGGCGACGCGACGUGGUGCCACGCCCGCAUCUCGAGCCUCUGCGAUGGCCUUCGGACGCUGCGCCGCCUGCGCCAUUUCCACCUCCGGCACUGUCUUCGGCGGCCCGCGCCCGAGCUCUGGGAUGCGCUAUGUGCCGCAAGCGCACUCGAGUCCCUCACGCUGGACGCGGAUGCCGACUCGGUGUGGGACACACGCCCGUUGGCGGCGUGGAUCGCAGCGCGCCCGGGGCUGCGCAGCUUGCACCUCCUCAAUCUCUCGGGUGCCAUUACUACAGACGACGCGACGAACGAGCUCGCGACGGCCAUCUUCGGCGCACCGCAGCUCCGGUCGUUGCAGCUCGUGCACUGCGCCGUAACAAGAUUGCUUCUGCAGGAAUCACGUCCUGCCUUGCCGCCGCACUUGGUUCGUCUUGUCGUCCACACCGACGAUGCUUCGAUCGAUGCGACACAGCUCGUACGAGGCGCCGUCACAACCACGCCCCACCUGCGCAUCUUCUCGCUUGUCGGCGCGCCGACGACAUCGCCGCUUCGGGCCUUUCCAUCGACCGACCGUCUUCGCCACUUGUGUCUCAAGUAUAUACCGCUCUCACGCGACGCGUGCAAGGACCUUGCGAUGCUUGUACCUUGCCUCACGCUCACGCUUGACGGCAACGAUCUGAACGACGACGACGUCGAGGCGCUUGCACCCGCGUUCGCCGACGCGAUCCAUUUGCGCAAGGUGUAUCUGAGGCACCAACCGUUUGGCGACAAGGGCGCGAUGGCCCUCGCAACGUCGCUCCCAAUCUCGCUGCGGGUGGUGUCGUUGGCCAAAAACCAGAUUGGCACGGCUGGCGCAAUCGUUUUAAGUGACCGACUCCACGCAGCCACGACGCACUGGGCCACGCUCGUGCUCCGCGCCAACCCCCUGGGCAAGGACGGCGUCUUGGCGCUGGUCACUGCGCUCGCCGCGCGGCCGUUCUGCGCACUCGACGUCGUGCAUACCGUCGUCGAUGCAGCCGCCGCCGACGUCGACGCGUGCAAAGCAGCCAUCGCCGCACUACCCCACGGCACGACCGUCGACUUUUGGUAGUAUGCGAACCUGAAUGUAAUCAAUCCUGAGUGUUUGUACAUGUG